AUGGGGCUCAAGGGAGAGUUCCCCAAAGGCAUUGAGGACUGCAGGGAACUUGUAAACUUAGACCUUUCAGGUAAUGAGUUUUCAGGAUCAAUCCCAUCAAGCAUAGGAAAUUGCUCUUAUCUGGGGGUUCUUAAACUUGACAACAACAAGCUAACAGGUCAAAUUUCUCAGCAACUCAGCCAACUCAAGAAUCUUAGAAUCUUUAGUGUUGCUGACAAUCUCUUGUCUGGUCCAGUGCCAGAGUUUGUCAACAUUAAUAUUACACGUGAGAGCUAUGUAAAUAAUAGUGGACUUUGUGGAGGACCUUUAGAGUACUGUAAGAAGCAUAGAUGGGAGUUUGAAGUUUCUUUCAGAAGUGGGUUUGUGGUUGGUUGCGUUUUUACUGCUACUUUGUAUACACCUUUUUUCAUGUACUAUAUUAAUCUUAGGGUUGGUUUGAAGAUGAAGAAUCACAAUAAGAUGAUGUCAACAACAAAGAUGACAACUUUACUGGCAAGGAGGACGAACAUAACAAACCUUGUUCUGUGA